UUAUUUGCUUGCUUUGAAUAUUGAAAUCGGGUGAAAUCUGACAAAAUCAUCGGAACCGGCCGUUUUGUCAGAAUUUAAAAGCACUGAUUGGGAGAUAUUUGAGUUAUUUCAGCUUUUUGCAGUGCUGAUUUGUGAUUUAUCUCCGAAUAAAAUUGAGUUUUGAAUUCGAUGGCACUGAAAGGGCUAUGGCAACUAACGAGGAAGAUGUAAUUAUUGAAGUCACACCGGAUGAAUACAAAACACUGAUUUUUGUUCCAAAAUCCACAAUUCGAGUGUUAUCAAGUGCAAAAGAGGCGCUUAAGAAACGUAUCCAAGAUGAAACUCAAACUACGAUUACCUGUUCGAAAGUUAAAUCAGAUGGCACAUCAAAGAGAGUUGAAGUGAAGGGAACCAAUCAUAAGGAUGUUUAUACGGCAAGACAGCAAAUCAAAUCAUUUGGAAAUGUUGGUCCAAAGCGCGAAUUACCAACACAUUUCACAUGCGUUAAAAUCACAGAAAAAACAAUCAAAGAGAAUUUCAUGAAGUUCAAGGAAGAUAUUUUGAAUAAAUGCUCCAUUAUUCCAGAUUUGCACGAGUCAAUUUUCAUGAGACCGGAAAAGUUGCACUUAACAUUUGGCGUAAUGUGUUUGGCAGAGGAUGAAAAUUGUCAGCGAGCAAAACUACUGCUGGCCGAUUGCUUGGAGAAAAUUGUCGAGCCCAUCAAAACUGAGUAUGGAAAAAUCGAAAUGAACAUCCGCGGAGUGGAAAUAAUCAAAGGUCGUCCAAACAAAGCUAGAGUUGUUUAUGCAAAAGUCGAAUCGGAACCUCUGCAAAAGAUCGCCAAUGGAAUCGCCAAAUCAUUUGUUGAUGCAGGCUUAGCAAAGAAAGAAGAUGACCGUGACAUUGUCAAGUUGCACAUGACUCUGUUGAAUGUGAAAUAUUUGAAAAAGGCUAAAAAUAAAUCGUUUGAUGCAAAACAUAUUUUGGAACAAUAUGCUGAUUUUGUGUUUGGCUCACAAGAGGUAAACCACAUCCAUUUAGUACUUAUGAGUCAAAAAGACGAUGAUGGUUUCUACAAAUGUAUAGCGAGGAUUGAAUUUUAAUGCAUUUAAUGUGCAAUCGAAUUGUAAAUAACUGCCGGGAUAAUUGUUUUCAAACAGACAUUACUAUGGGAUAUUUUUAUUCAUAUGGAUAAAAAUAUCGCAUAAAAAUAACAGAUAUUUGUCACGCGUUGUGUUCAACGUUCAACGCGUUCAAUGUUCAGAGUCCAAAAAUAUCUAAUAUUUUUCGCACGUUGUGUUAAGCGAAACGCAUUAAUACACAAUAGCGAUUCUGCACACAUAGAGUCGCUGUUUUUUCGUUAUACUCUUCACACUUACGAUGAGCUGCGGGGAGCAUGCAUGCACAUGUUUCGCUCACUUCUUUCUUUGAACACUCUUCGUGUGUCAACACAAUGCCUGUGUGUGUAUCGCUUGUGCCAUCAUUUGUAAACGACGACAAUGAGCUGGGUACGAAGAGUGUCGAUCGAAAGAAAAGAGCAAAACAUAUAUAUGCAUGCAUGGCGCAGCUCAUUGACGACGUUUACAAACGACGGCACAAGCGAUACACACACAGGCUUUGUGUUGACACACGAAGAGUGUUCAAAGAAAGAAGUGAGCGAAACAUGUGCAUGCAUGCUCCCCGCAGCUCAUCGUAAGUGUGAAGAGUAUAACGAAAAAACAGCGACUCUGUGUGUGCAGAAUCGCUAUUUUGUAUUAAUGCGUUUCGCUGAACACAACGCGCGAAAAAUAUCUGUUAUUUUUAUGUGAUAUAUCUAUCCCAUAUGAAUAAAAAUAUCCCAUAGUAAUCUCUGUUUUCAAAUAAGUACAUGAUGUAGCUGUUAUUACUGAUCGAAACGAAUGCUUAUAUUUUUGCUAAUAAAUUGAAUUUGUUGAAUUGAUAUAUGAUGAAUUUAUUAUUCAAUUCGUCUGAAAUUACGUGUAUCAAACCAAUUCACCAUAUAUUCUACAUCAUUUGCUGGUUAGGUCUUUUGAUUAUGUUUUCUGUUUUCCAUUCGAUCGACAAACAAUUCAAAAUAGUGAUAUUGACGUCAAAUGUGGAUU